AUGUCUAAACAAAAUUUUUGUCGUGGAUGUGGCCAUACGCUACAGUCGUUAAAUCCAAAAGCCAGUGGAUUUAAACGCUCGCUCAAACCUUCUGUUUUACAUUUGAGCCCUCAGAAUCCAAGGUCAAACUCUCGGAAACUUGAACAAAGUAUCUUUGAAGGUUCAUUCUCCAAAUUGGAUCCUAAAAUUCAGAAGCUGUUUCCUAAAACACCUUCAAUUCCAAUUGCCAAAGAAAAAACGUUCAAUACACAUUUAUGGUGUGAAAGAUGCCAUGAUAUAAAAUUCUAUAAUCGCUUUCAUGAAGAAGAUUUAUUACAGGAGCCUACAGCUACGCUAACUGAAGUCAUAAAGGGCAUAAAUGCUGAUUCGAAAACUUCUCUUGUUCUUCAAAUUACCGAUGUCAGCGACCUCAAUCCCAAUCAUUUUAUUUCAGCUAAAUUACUGACCCAAUUUCCCGUGUUCCACGUGUUUAGCCGCGUUGAUACUCUCCCUCGUCCUAAUGCAUCUUGGUUAUUUCAGACACUUGGUUUGAGUCCCGAAAAUGCAAUGCUACUAACAACGUGCCGUAGCUCUACUGAAACCAUGCGGGAACUUCUUUCAAGUAUCCAGCCGUUCCUUAAACCAGGUGGUCAUGUAUACAUUAUUGGAGAAGCUAAUUCUGGUAAGUCCAGUCUUAUUCAAAGCUUUGCUAAAUACGGAAAUGGUUUGGUAAAUGAAUUGUCAAUGGAAAGUUUACUUCCGGGAACGACAUUGAAAUAUAUGCCUUUUACGGCUUCUAGUUUUGGAAAAGCCUUUACGGGUCUAGAAAAUGGCAAAGUAAUAGAUACUCCAGGCUACUCAGGGAUUUUAGGAUCAUUAUUACCUUGGAUAGACUCGAAAGUAUUUAAAGAGUUGGUUCCUAAAGUCCGUUCACGAAAAAAGCAGCUUAAAUCUAAACCACUUCAGGUAUCAAUCUACUCUGCGCAGAGCAUUUUAUUUGGUGGCCUAGUUCGUGUUACACCAAUGGAAAUCUCAGCCGAGGAAUUCGUUGACUUAGAGCAAAGACAAGUUUGGAAAAAUCAAGAAAUCAACCUACCGUCCAAUGACAAAGGUGUUUCUUCAUUUAAUAUUCCUUCUUAUAUUUCCCGUCCAAAUUAUAAUGAGCCAUUACUGGCUAAAAUUUUUACUACAUUACCGUUUCACGUCAGUAGCACGGAGAAAAUAAAGAAGCUUGAGCAGAAAUGUUCAGCGAAUUCUUCAAUAGAGCUUGUCACUCGUUCUCCCAGCAGGCUACUGCCAUCAUUUCUCGCGUAUAUACAGCCUAAGAAACUUCAUUCACAUGUAUAUGAUUCUUUUUCGAAUGGAGAAUUACUGAUUCACAACUUCGGGUUUGUUUCCUUCGAUGCACCCCGGCCGUUUAAACUACUUGUUGAAGCAGUGAAUCCUCUGGCUGUAUCGUGGAGACCUUCGUCGUAUGUAUUGGGAACGAAAGAGUCUAAUUCAUGA